UGCUGGCUCCAUGACUUCCGCUUGAGUGUGGCGCUGCAGCGCGCGCGGGAUUGUUGAACUGGCGGCCGCAGUUGUUUGCCGCGCUGUGUUGUUAACGGUGGGCUUCUGAGUUCCUGGUGGCGGGACGGCAGCAUGUCGCAGUUUUUCACUGAGCCCGAGUGGCCCCCUAGUUUGGCCGAACUUAAGAAUGUCGAUACCCUGCUGAGAUGCGCCAUCUGCUUUGACUACCUGAAUAUUGCCAUGAUGGUCCAGCAGUGUUCUCACAACUACUGCUCUCUCUGCAUUCGGAAAUUCCUCUCCUACAAGACGCAGUGCCCUUUGUGCCACUUGGCCGUGACGGAGUCCGAUUUGAAGAACAACCGAGCACUGGAUGAAAUUGUUAAGAGCUUCAAGCUGGCGAGGCACGAGCUGCUGAAGUUGAACUUGGAGUCUCCUCCAAUGUCGCCACAAAUCCCACGGCAAGUGAAGCCUCUGGACCACAAGAAGACCACCGGAGUAAAGCAGGAGAAUCGACUCAUUCAUCAGUUUCUUAACAAGUUAGACUCGCCAGCUGCCUCAGGACAGAAAGUGAAGUGUGAACCCCCAGAGAGACCCCCCUCGGACGACACUCUGGAGCAGCCAUCGACGUCUUGCAAGGUGAAGGAAGCGGCGAAAGUGGAGUGUCCUGUGUGUGGAGUGAACAUUCCGGAGCAAUUUAUUAACAAACAUCUGGACAGCUGCUUGACAAGGGACGAAAAAAAAGAGAGUCUGAGAAGCUCCUUCACCAAACGUAAGCCAAUGGCUAAAGUCGUGUAUGACCUCCUCUCUGACCAGGAGGUACGGAGAAGACUGAAGGAGCUCGGCCUGCCCACCCAGGGCCCCAGACAGCAGCUUGUGAAGCGGCACCAGGAGUUUCUGCACAUGUACAAUGCCCAGUGCGACUCUCUAAAUCCCAAGACAGUACAAGAAAUAGUCAAAGACGUGGAAAGGAACGAGAAGCAGAGGGCGCGGCUGGAGAGCAAGUCCAAGACGGUGAUGCUGUUUUCAAAGAACCAAACUGAAGAAGAAAUCGAUGAGAUACACGCUCAGUAUCGUAAGCAAAACAAGACGGCGUUUCAGCAACUGAUUGAGCAAGUUAAGGGGCGCCAGCAGUCGACACCGGCGGGCGUGAAGGUCGAGCCUGAUGACGCGGACCACCGUGGAGCCACUGAGCCAGGACACCCCGAGGGGCCAUGCGGAGCCUCCAGCCCACCGGUGCCCCAGUCCAGUGUGGGUGCAGAGGAUGGCCAAUGGGAUUCCUCCAGUCCAGCAGCCUCCUGCCUGUCCACCAGCAGCUCCUGUUCAGACAUCCUGCAUUCGGAUUUGACUGAAGACCAACAGCCCAUGAAGACGAUGCCACUCAGGAAACGAAAAGCCACCAGCGUCAGUGAGUGCGGGCAGAAAGCAAAAGCACGCAGGACGUCACGCGCCACUCGAGGGGGCCGAGGAGGACCACCCUGACGUAAAGCGGCCUUCUUAUGUAGACGUCACUUUGACUUUGAGUUCUUUAAUAAAUACACAAAGCGGA